UGGCGAUAUGCUACAACCCUCUCGGGGUCGCCUCGCCUCGCAACAACCAUUUCCUUGUGUUGUGUUUUCACGAAGAAAACACAGCGUCUGUAAUAUUUGAGACGAAACACCAGGGACAGAAUUAUCUGCAAGUCUUUUAUAAUUGAUUUUUGUGUGUUUAUAUGCCUGUUCGCAUCUUGUUUUAGUGGGUACCAGUUCGUGACAGGCGAACGAACUAACGUUAGCUAGGUGCUGGCUUGCUAGUCAGUUAGCCACAGAGUGUCGAGUCUGAUCCAGCGGACUGAACUGAACUGAACAUCACAUAAAACGACUGUACGAGACACAUCUGAUCCGACUCAGAGGCACAAAGAUGCCGUUCAAACACGUCAUGUUAAUUUGAGCGCUUUGUCGAUUCGGAGCCGUUGUUGUUAUCACGCGGCUAAUGUUAGCUGGUUAGCUGACUUCUUGUUGUGCGCAUUUAAUAACCACUAACGUCACUUUGAUCGGACUGUGUUGGAGAAAUGGGUUCAAUUCUCAGUCGAAGAAUCGCUGGUGUUGAGGACAUCGACAUCCAGGCCAAUUCUGCAUACAGAUAUCCUCCGAAAUCAGGAAACUAUUUUGCCAGCCAUUUUUUCAUGGGAGGAGAGAAGUUUGACACCCCUCAUCCAGAGGGUUACCUGUUUGGAGAAAACAUGGAUCUCAACUUCCUUGGUAACCGCCCAGUGCAGUUUCCCUAUGUUACUCCAGCGCCCCAUGAGCCGGUCAAGACAUUGAGAAGUCUUGUCAAUAUCAGAAAAGACUCAUUACGAUUGGUCAGGUAUAAAGAUGAUGCUGAUAGUCCUACUGAUGAUGAAGGUGCAAAACCAAGGGCCUUGUAUGGAGUGGAGUUCACCUUUGACUCUGAUGCACGAGUGGCCAUCACUAUCUACUGUCAGGCUUUUGAGGAGUUCUCUAAUGGGAUGGCAAUAUACAACCCCAAAACCCCUGCACUGGUCUCGGAAACCGUAUAUUACAAAAGAGGGGUUAGCCAGCAGUUUACCCUUCCAUCCUUCAAGAUCGAUUUAUCUGAAUGGAAGGAAGAAGAUCUCAACUUUGAUUUAGACAGAGGUGUUUUUCCCAUGGUGAUCCAGGCUGUGGUUGAUGAAGGAGAUGAUUGUUUUGGACAUGCCCAUGUACUGCUGGCAGCAUUUGAAAGACAUGUUGAUGGCAGUUUCUCGGUCAAACCUUUGAAACAGAAACAAAUAGUGGACCGUGUCAGCUACUUGUUACAGGAGAUUUAUGGAAUUGAGAACAAGAACAAUCAAGAGACAAAGCCGUCUGAUGAUGAGAACAGUGACAACAGCAACGAGUGUGUGGUGUGUCUGUCAGAUCUGCGGGACACCCUGAUUUUGCCCUGUAGGCACUUGUGCCUGUGUAACUCCUGCGCUGAUACUCUGCGCUACCAGGCCAACAACUGCCCGAUCUGCCGACUGCCGUUUCGAGCUCUUCUUCAGAUUCGAGCUGUAAGAAAGAAGCCUGGAGCGCUUUCUCCUGUUUCCUUCAGCCCCGUGCUGGCUCAGAGCAUGGAUCAUGAUGAGCACUCGAGCUCAGACUCUGUUCCGCCUGGGUUUGAGCCCAUCUCGCUCCUGGAGGCUUUGAACGGUCUUGGUGCCGUGUCCCCUGGCCUUCCGUCUGCUCCUCUGUAUGAUGAGAUCAACUUCUCUGGGAGCCUGAGUGGAGAGAGCAGGCAGCUCAGCUCACCUGACCACUCUGGAGACAGCGGCGGACAGAAGAGCAAAGUCAGCAAGUCACCGGACAGCACUCUACGCUCUCCAUCGUCACCCAUUCAGGAGGAGGAUGAAGAAAAACUGUCAGAGAUGUCGGAUGCACAAGCUCACAUGCUGCUGUCUAGCAGUCCUGCCCCCACUGAGGGUACGGCAGGAGAGGACGCCCCCGAUUCACUGUCUCCUGAAGAUGAGGAUCGAUUAAAUUUGGAGGAAGAGGCGAUGAAUGACUGCAGCAGUGAGCACAGCAGCUUUACCAAAACUGAAAGUGACUUGCCUGGAGACCUGUCCCUCCCCGCUCUAGGUCCUGAUUCCUGCUCUAUUGGUUUGGAAGAGUAAUGGGGUUAUCUGGCUCAAUGGAGAGUCUGAACACUCAGAGUACCUGGUGCUCCAGCCAGCCGCUCCUGGGUCCCUCAAGCCUUUUGCACAUGGACGAUGAUGAACUGGAUGUUUAACCCUGCUCAUCUCCUUCUUUGUACAGCCCAAUAUGUCUCCACAUUGCAGUUCGAUGCACUCUCAUUCCAGUAUCCCACUUUGAAUAUGAAUGACUUGUUCCAGGCCUUUUGUUUUUGAACAUUAACUGGCUAAGGCUGAUGAGCUUGUUCUGGUGGUCUGUUAUAUUUCUUGUGCUUGGUUUUAGGGCUCUAUUUGAUCAAGUUGCUUCACCCAAAGUCACCUUUACAUUAUUCAAACUCUGUAUUAUUAUCUUUCUUCCAUUAAAUCACUAAAUUGGAUUUAUAAAGUACUUGUCGGGCUCCAAAACCAGUCAAAUGAAAUGAUUAGUCUUUACUACAUAUAUCAAGUAAUCAAGUUUUCAGAAGCCAUAUGAAAUUAAAUUAAAUGAAUGAGAUAAAUGAAAAAGAUUAGUGAAAUGGUAGAUGGUUGUUGCAGAUGAAAUUCCUGCUGAUUUGUGGAGAAACUUAAAAAUAAAGUUUUUUUUAUUUUUUAUUAGUAUCUGUCGGGAAGAACUUUGAACAUCCAAGGAAACCUGCUAUUGCACAAAAGUUUAAAAUUUUGAGACGAUUAAAAUUUUAUUCACACUAAGAAAAACAUUGUUUAAUGAACUGUUUGCUGAAAGGUUCUUUGAGGAACUUGUGUGUAUUGUUAAGAGUGCAGUUGAUGGUGAUUGGUUAUGUAAUGCUGGAUAUAGAGCUUUGACCCAGGACUUGAUUAUAACGGUAAUAAACAUACAGCAGCUUUUUACAAUUAAUAGACAAAGCACAUUUCAAUAAAACUCAUUUCAGGAUAUAUGUACGAGUAACCGUAGAACUUAACAAAUGAUCAUCUGUUGAACUAAUGAGUGAAUAAUACAGAAAUAGAAUUGUAACUGUGCAUUUGAAAUGUUUUAGUAAGUGCUUAAAUAUCCUGAACUUAUUUGUGUGUGUGCUAACUGAAAAUGCAAAUAACAGAAAAGCACUUCUGAAUAUAUGUAUAUCCCUGAUUUCAAAUGUAAUAUUCAUAGUGAUCAAAUACUGUCGGAAAUGGUGGACUUGUUGUCAGUUUAUGACCAAAUAUUGUGCGGUCUAACAGUGCUUUAAAUGUGCUUGCUUGUUCAGCUAUUUAUGCUCUAAAACUAAAAGGACUAAAAAAAAGCCAUGGUGCACUCUCUUUACAUAAUUAUUUGCUUAUGAAUAUUGUGAUUUUGAAUAUAUGAUUUUUAAAUACUUAAACAUGUGAAGGCAUUCCUUUCAUGUUUUGGUUCGGAUGUUAUUGAAUUGUUUUAGAGUGACGACUUUGUGAAUAAUUGACUGCCUGGUUGUAUUUCUUCACAGCUGGACCCUGUAUUUCUAAGAAAGAAAAAAGCUCAGUGAACAAGUCCCAAGAAGCAUGAAAUCUCAUUGUUCUCAAACAUGCAGAUCUGCAGUGUCUUGUAGCAUUAUGCAUAUGCAGGUUUAGGUGCCUUUAAAGAACAAAGCAAGUGUUGCUACAGCUUUUGCUCCUAGCCGUGCUGUUCUUGUGCUCAUCGGCUGUAACCUUUAGCCUUGACUAUGUUUAUGCUUUAGAUGUGUGGCUGAUGUUCUUGUUUGUAAUGAUCAUUUUAAUCUGAUAUUCUGUAGGUUGAAAGGUAUUGCUUAUACAAAUUUUAUGCUAUAAUAACACGAUUUAUGUUGUAUCUUCUGUUAAUAUCUAUUAAGCUGCUCUGUAUAUGUAUUUUAAUCAAAUGAUUUAAUUGCUUACAGCUCUGCAUGGUAAUGUCAAUGUAAGAUGUACAGUAUCACUGCUCUGGAAUAUGCAUAUUAUUUAUUUCCUCAAAUAAUGUGCCAUUUCAAUUAAAUAUUCCACUGUGCCUUCUUGUUCCUCACUUAUGCAUUAAAAGUCAUUUAAAGCACA